CGUAGGGCUACGCUCGCGACCUUGGCGCCUCGUCGGAUGAGAUGAACUACCCCCUGGAUGGUGCCGUCGGAGGACUCCAAGGGAUCCCACGCGUCACAGCUGGUGAGCGUGAAGAAGAUGCAGAUGCCCUCCUCCGGGAGCGCCUCAGCAACGUCGAAGUAGCGGCUUCCAACCUCUUUUUCGCUCGCGACCUUGCCGCCUCGUCGGAUGAGAUGAACUACCCCCUGGAUGAUGCCGUCGGAGGACUCCAAGGGAUGCCUCGUGAGUUUUUUCAGCGACUCCCGGUCGCUUUUUCUCGCUAGGUUGCUCGCUGAUGUUCACAUGUUUUGCCCGGAUGGGUUAGAGCUGAGUUAGCAGUUUUUGCGUACGCUGCGAGUAUAAGAUAAUAAAAUCUACACAGGGCUACAGUACAUAUCGUCAUAAGCUUCGGCCAUGACGAGCUUCAUGAAGAAGAUGGUGGACGUGGUCGCGCUCCGCAGCGACGACGCCGCGCGGCGACGACGCAGACGCAUCGACCUGGAGGUGCGGAUGGUCGCCGACGGCGCUAAGGCGUACCCGUCAUCGUCGGCGAAGUUGGAGGAGCUCGUGGAAUGGGAGAGGAGGAUCUCAGUCGCGCUGGCGCGCACGGUAGGACAGCGACUCCUAGGCGGUGGCGUAGACGCGGUGGUUGGAGUCGCGGAUGUGAGUGAGAGCGGAGGGAGCAAGGUAGGGGUAGAACAGUGGUAGAACCAGUGUACUCGCGGAUUAGAGUCCGCACGUUGAGCCUUGUUUUGUAAUCACACACACACACACAC